AUGCGGAGGACGCAGAGUAAAGAACAAAGCAACAGAAAGCUUGCCCGUCUGCGCGCUCAGCUCCUAGAGCCAGGACCAGGAGGAGCAGGUACCGCCGGCACAGGUUUCGACGUAUCGAAAUCGGGAGACGCACGUAUCGCGCUCGUGGGAUUCCCUUCAGUGGGUAAAUCCACCUUCUUGUCCAAGAUCACAAAGACAAAAUCCGAGAUUGCAGCCUACGCCUUCACGACCCUGACGGCCAUCCCCGGUGUUCUGGAGUAUGGUGGUGCCGAGAUCCAGAUCCUGGAUCUGCCCGGUAUCAUCGAAGGAGCUGCUGAAGGCAAAGGUAGAGGUAGACAGGUCAUUUCUGCGGCCAAGACGAGCGAUUUGGUCGUGAUGAUUCUUGAUGCUACCAAGAAGGCGGAACAGCGGAGUCAGCUCGAGCGAGAGUUGUAUGCUGUGGGGAUCAGACUGAACAAGGAGCCACCAAACAUUUACCUCAAGCCCAAAAAAGCCGGUGGCAUGAAAAUAACCUUCCAAACCCCGCCCAAACAUCUAGACGAGAAGAUGCUGUACAACAUCCUCCGCGACUACAAGAUGCUAAACUGCGAAGUUCUCGUUCGCGACGAAAACGCAACCGUAGACGACUUCAUAGACACAAUCAUGGCCUCGCACCGAAAAUACAUCAAGUGCCUCUACGUCUACAACAAAAUCGACUCCAUCUCGCUCCCGCAUCUCAACGACCUCGCCCGCGAAGCUCACACGUGCGUCAUGUCGUGCGAGCUGGACCUGGGCAUCUCCGACGUCGUCGACCGCUGUUGGGAGGAGCUGCGUCUGAUCCGUGUGUACACGAAGCGUAAAGGGAUCGAUCCGGAUUUCAGCGAGGCGCUGAUUGUGAGGCAUGGCAGCACCAUUGAGGAUGUGUGUGACCAGGUCCAUAGGACGUUGAAGGAGACGUUCAAGUAUGCGUUGGUUUGGGGUGCUAGUGCAAGACAUGUGCCGCAGAGGGUGGGGUUGUCGCAUGUGGUUGCGGAUGAGGAUGUUGUGAGUAUUGUAGCGAAAUAA